AAUUUUAGUGUGUACAUGCAGCACUCCAGUGCUGAAUGUUGCACGGUCAACACUAACAAGGAAUUGAUACAAUUUUAUUUGAAAUGUUUUUAUAUGAUUGGUGAUUUUAGGAAUAUAUGUGUGAUGGGAUCUGAUAUGAAUCAGAGAUUGAAGAACGUCGUGCAGCAUCUCGUCAAAUUCGAAAAGGCGCCCAAAGAAAUAAAAGGGAGGCUGAUCACUGAAUGGUUCCGCGCGGGCGAGCAGCUGUUUGAGGAGUUCCACAGGCUGGGUGUCGCCGCUAGCUGGACGGCCAGCAGAGUCAAGGGUCAGCCCGAGGUGGCGGAGAUCGUCACCAAGGUUACGAGGAACCAGGACUGGCUGCAGAGCUUCGUCACGAUCUACCCCAACCUGAGGGUAGACUUGGAGGGCGCGGUGCCCGCGGUUAACGUGUGCAGGGUGCGCUCGGGCGUGGAGUUCUUGCUGCAAGGGUUCAAGGGCAUCAGCUCCUCCUUCGACAAGGUGCUGAAGGACCUCGAGGAGCUGGGCGAGUUGGAGGAGCUUGACGAACAGCUGCGCAUGUGGCUUACUACGGGACACCGCCCCGAGUUCUUCCCCGGCGACGUGCCCGUUAUACGUAACUAG